AUGGAACUAGAUAGAUUUUCUCAACUGAAACGUGCUAUACGGUCCAUUGCCUACGUGUACCGAUUCAUAAACAACAUCAAGAAGAAGCUAGCAAGACAGGAGCUUUUCGUAGGUCCAUUAUCCUCAGAAGAGCUACGAAAGGGAGAAAGUCUACUAAUCCGCGAGACACAGUGGCAAUGCUUCCCAGAUGAGAUGGUGAUCUUGAAAAGCAACCAGACGAAACCUCCAAAUGAGCGAAUCUAUGUGGGAAAAAGCAGCGCUCUCUAUCAGCUAAGUCCAAUAUUAGACGAACAAGGCAUCAUUCGAAUGGAUAGUAGAAUAGCGGAGGCUCCAAAUGUCGGAAAGGAGAUGAAGUUUCCAGUAAUCCUUCCUAGGAGUCACAAGUUCACUACCUUGCUGCUGGAAUAUUAUCACCGUAAGUACCGACACGGUAACACCGAAACUGUCGUGAACGAAGUUCGUCAGCUGUAUUAUGUUCCGAGACUUAGAAGGGCGAUUAACAGCGUGGCCAAAGCGUGCCAGUGGUGUCGCGUGUACAAGAGCCUACCGCAGAUUCCCCGCAUGGCGCCGCUCCCGUUAGCCAGGAUGGCGUCAUUCGCCAGACCCUUUACGUAUACUGGCCUGGACUUUUUUGGACCGUUGACGGUGAAGGUAGGUAGAAGCAGCGCUAAACGCUGGAUAGCCGUUUUCACGUGUUUGACAAUACGGGCAGUGCACAUCGAGGUGGCUCAUAAUCUCACUACGGACUCGUGCGUCAAAUGUAUUCGACGCUUCAUCUGCCGCCGAGGUGCACCUGCCGAGAUCUAUUCAGACAACGGCACGAAUUUUGUGGGAGCCGCUAGACUACUGAAGGAGCAAAUUGAGGACCUGGCCGUAACUUUCACUGGGACCACUACCAAUUGGGUAUUCAAUCCGCCUGGAACUCCGCACAUGGGUGGAGCCUGGGAGCGGAUGGUCCGCUCUAUCAAAGUGGCGGUGGAGACGUCAUACAACAACCAUCGCAAGCUGGAUGACGAAGCGUUGAUUACAUUCAUGGUGGAAGCCGAAGCUAUCGUUAAUACACGACCACUAACGUAUUUGCCACUAACGUCGGACGAGAGCGAGGCACUCACACCGAACCAUUUCUUGCUGGGAAACUCGUGUGCCGUUCGGCAACCAGUGGUCGAGGCAACCGAUGCAGCGCAAGGUAUACGGUCGUCAUGGCAUCAAGUACAGCAUCAGCUGGAUGUGUUUUGA